UCUAUAGUCGCUCCGCCUCCCAAAAAAAAACCCUUCCCAAACCCUCCCUCCGCCGCCCACGGCGGCCUGAAACCUAAUAUCUCAACUCUACCACACUCCUUCCCCACCCGCAUCAAGAAUCGAAAAUGGCGGCGGUGACACCAGCACCAGCACUAUCGCUUUCCUCCGAGACCGCCACCGACGGGCCAGUCCUCAACCUAGUCAACAAGCGCCUCCGGGCACUGCGCAAGAAGCUUAACCGCAUCGCGCAGAUGGAGGAUUCUGUUUCCCAGGGCAAAACCCUCAACAAAGAGCAGGAGGAAACCCUGCGCUCCAAAUCCUCCGUCCUCGCCGGCAUCGACGAGCUCGAGAAGCUCAAGCAGCCGCUCCUUCAAGCCGUCGGCCAGGAAAUCGAGCUCGUUCUGGAGAAAAACAAGCAGAAGACGGACUCCGUCGCCGCCGCCGCCGAAAUCCCGAGCGAGGCCGCGUCCACCGCGGAGGCGGAUGAGAAAUCGGGGACCCCCACUUCCGACUCGGCGGUUUCCGAUCUGCUCAACCUGCUGUACUUCGGCACCGUCUUUGAUGUGAAGACACUGUUUUUAGCACGGGACAAUCUGCUCACGAGGACGCACGAGAGGAACUGCUGCCUGACGUAUGAUUGCAUCACGGACGACGAUGCUGCCGGGGAUCUCCUGAAAGAGACUGAUUUGGACUUGAUUGCCUCGCUCGGGAGCUUUUUGGUUUCACGGCCCGUUAAUUCAAGCCUAUCCCAUAAGAACGCGUUGCAGAAGUGUGUGGAGCAUGCCAAGCUAUGGCUUGCCAAUGCGGAGCAGCCGAUUGAGCCGGAUUCAGAUGUCACUUAUGCUGGCUUGAGGGAAAAGUUGAGUAAAAUUAUGGCUUCAGAGUACUUUACGACUACACCCGAGAUAAAGGAUGCAGGUGAAGUGGCAGCUGCUGGUGGAAAUUAUGUAUCUUUUCAGGUGCCGGUGGAAGGUUCUACUAUUCCUCCAGUUGGCAUGACUGUCCCAGUGGAAGGUUCUACUGUUGAGUAUCAGCAAGAGGAAGAACAACAGCCCAAUGCCGAAACCUACACUGACGAAACCACCCAUGUUGAAGAGUUCAAUAAGGGUACAACACCCGAGGCAGAAGACACACAAGAGAUUCCAGCUCAAACAGAUGCAGGUGACGAAAACUCGAGGGACGAUGAAUUAAAGGAGCAAAACUCGAGUCGCAGGUCAUAUCGCGGCUUCAGAGGUGGCCGGCGAGGAUACAGCAAUGGGCGUGGAGGAGGGAGAGGCGGCAGUAGGGGAAGCUACCACCACCAAAAUGGCCGGAGCCAGUUUUCCGACCAGCAAGGUGGCGGCGGUUAUUACCAGAGGAACAAUUACGGUCAUUACAGGGGACGAGGUGGAAGAGGCUUAGGUGGCGGCAACUAUAAUCAUCACCAUGCGCAGGUUGCUUCUUCCUGAUUGAUGCUUGUUGAUCUUC